CCGGGCUGGGCGAGCGGUCCCCGGCGUGCCCUAGGCGCCGGACUCGCCCCCGGCGCUAACUCCGCCUCUCGCAUCCCCGCUCGGCUCUCCCGCGCCGCGUCCUCCGGCUCCCGCCCGCCCCUGUCGGUAGCCAGCGCUCGGACGCCUAACUCGACGUGUCCGGAAAGCCGUGGCCACUUUCCCUUUCGUUCUGCGGCCGCGGCGGGCGGACCCGAGGCUCCCUCGGACUCGCGAGGACAGCAGCGCGGCGAGGCGCCCGGGGGAGCGCGGGCCGAGCCCGGGGGCCCCGCGAGCACCAUGCUCGACCCGUCCUCCAGCGAGGAGGAGUCGGACGAGGGGUUGGAGGAGGAGAGCCGCGAGGUGCUGGUGGCGCCCGGCGGCUCCCAGCGAGCGCUGCCGGCCGCGGCUCGGGAAGGACGGCGGGACGCGCCCGGGCGCUCCGGAAGCGGCGGGGCGGCCAGACCCGGGAGCCCGAGCCCCUCGGUGCUCAGCGAGGGGCGAGACGAACCCGAGCGGCAGCUGGACGAGGAGCAGGAGCGGCGCAUCCGCCUGCAGCUGUACGUCUUCGUGGUGAGGUGCAUCGCGUACCCCUUCAACGCCAAGCAGCCCACCGACAUGGCCCGGAGGCAGCAGAAGCUUAACAAACAGCAAUUGCAGUCACUGAAAGAACGGUUCCAGGCCUUCCUCAACGGAGAAACUCAGAUUGCAGCUGAUGAAGCAUUUUGCAAUGCAGUGCGGAGUUACUAUGAGGUUUUUCUGAAGAGUGACCGAGUGGCCAGAAUGGUUCAGAGUGGAGGGUGUUCUGCUAAUGAUUUCAGAGAGGUGUUUAAGAAGAACAUAGAAAAACGUGUGCGCAGCUUGCCAGAAAUAGAUGGCUUGAGCAAAGAGACAGUACUGAGCUCAUGGAUAGCCAAGUAUGACGCCAUUUACAGGGGUGAAGAGGACUUGUGCAAACAGCCAAACAGGAUGACCCUAAGUGCUGUGUCUGAACUUAUUCUGAGCAAGGAACAACUCUAUGAAAUGUUCCAGCAGAUUCUAGGUAUUAAAAAACUGGAACACCAGCUCCUAUACAACGCAUGCCAGCUGGAUAAUGCUGACGAGCAAGCAGCCCAGAUCAGACGGGAACUUGAUGGCCGGCUGCAGUUGGCAGAGAAGAUGGCCAAGGAAAGAAGAUUUCCCCAGUUUAUCUCAAAGGAAAUGGAAACCAUGUACAUAGAAGAGUUGCGGGCCUCCGUGAACUUGCUAAUGGCCAAUUUGGAGAGUCUUCCUGUUUCAAAGGGUGGUCCAGAAUUCAAAUUACAAAAAUUAAAACGUUCACAGAAUUCUGCAUUUUUGGACCUAGGUGAUGAGAAUGAGAUUCAGCUGUCAAAGUCUGAUGUGGUGCUGUCAUUCACCUUGGAGAUUGUCAUAAUGGAAGUGCAAGGUUUGAAGUCAGUGGCUCCCAAUCGAAUUGUCUACUGUACAAUGGAGGUGGAAGGUGGAGAAAAGCUCCAGACGGAUCAGGCUGAAGCUUCAAGGCCACAAUGGGGAACCCAAGGAGAUUUCAGCACUACCCACCCUCGACCUGUCGUCAAAGUAAAACUCUUCACAGAAAGCACAGGGGUCCUGGCUCUGGAAGACAAAGAACUUGGCAGGGUGAUAUUAUACCCAACUUCUAGUAGCUCUAAGUCAGCUGAAUUACACCGAAUGAUAAUUCCUAAAAAUAGUCAAGACUCCGACUUAAAGAUCAAAUUGGCAGUUCGAAUGGAUAAACCAGCACAUAUGAAGCACAGUGGGUAUCUGUAUGCUCUUGGGCAGAAGGUUUGGAAAAGAUGGAAAAAGCGAUACUUCGUUCUCGUUCAGGUUAGCCAGUACACUUUUGCUAUGUGCAGUUAUAGAGAAAAAAAGUCUGAACCACAAGAAUUAAUGCAACUUGAAGGAUACACUGUGGAUUACACGGACCCCCACCCAGGACUUCAGGGUGGGCAGAUGUUUUUUAAUGCUGUUAAAGAAGGAGAUACCAUAAUAUUUGCCAGCGAUGAUGAGCAGGACAGAACACUAUGGGUUCAAGCCAUGUACAGGGCCACUGGUCAGUCUUAUAAACCAAUCCCUGCAGUACAGAGCCAGAAGCUGAAUCCUAAAGGAGGCGUGCUCCAUGCAGAUGCUCAGCUUUAUGCAGACCGUUUUCAGAAGCAUGGUAUGGAUGAAUUUAUCUCUGCUAGUCCUUGCAAGCUUGACCAUGCCUUCCUCUUCAGAAUUCUCCAGAGAAAGACUCUGGAUCACAGACUGAAUGAUUCCUAUUCUUGUUUGGGUUGGUUUAGCCCUGGCCAGGUCUUUGUGUUAGAUGAGUACUGUGCCCGUUACGGUGUGAGAGGCUGUCAUAGGCAUCUCUGCUACCUUACAGAACUGAUGGAACAUUCAGAAAAUGGUGCUGUCAUUGACCCCACCCUGCUCCAUUACAGCUUUGCAUUCUGUGCCUCUCAUGUGCACGGCAACAGGCCUGAUGGAAUUGGGACUGUUUCAAUGGAAGAAAAAGAAAGAUUUGAGGAGAUAAAAGAGAGACUUUCUUCCCUGUUAGAAAAUCAGAUAAGCCAUUUCAGAUACUGUUUUCCCUUUGGACGACCUGAAGGUGCUCUAAAAGCUACACUUUCAUUACUUGAAAGGGUUUUAAUGAAAGAUAUUGCCACUCCCAUACCCGCAGAAGAGGUGAAGAAAGUGGUCAGAAAAUGUCUGGAGAAAGCUGCCUUGAUCAAUUACACUAGGCUCACAGAAUAUGCCAAAAUAGAAGGCCCAGCAGAAAAGGAAACAGAGACCAUGAACCAGGCAACUCCUGCCAAGAAGCUGGAAGAGGUUCUCCAUCUCGCAGAGCUCUGCAUAGAAGUCCUACAGCAGAAUGAGGAGCAUCAUGCUGAGGGAAGAGAGGCAUUUGCCUGGUGGCCAGACUUAUUGGCUGAGCAUGCCGAGAAGUUUUGGGCUUUAUUCACAGUAGAUAUGGAUACUGCGCUGGAGGCUCAACCACAAGACUCCUGGGAUAGCUUUCCUCUUUUCCAGCUGCUUAAUAAUUUCCUCAGAAAUGACACACUUUUGUGUAAUGGAAAAUUUCACAAACAUUUGCAAGAGCUCUUUGUGCCCUUGGUUGUCCGCUAUGUCGACCUCAUGGAGUCCUCCAUCGCCCAGUCAAUUCACAGAGGUUUUGAGCAGGAGACAUGGCAACCUGUCAAGAAUAUCGCCAACAGUCUUCCCAAUGUAGCUCUUCCAAAAGUUCCAAGUCUGCCUCUUAAUCUUCCACAGAUUCCUAGCUUUUCUACUCCUUCAUGGAUGGCUUCUUUAUAUGAGUCCACCAAUGGCUCAGCAACAUCUGAAGACCUUUUUUGGAAACUUGAUGCACUGCAAAUGUUUGUCUUUGACCUACAUUGGCCAGAACAAGAAUUUGCCCACCACUUAGAGCAAAGACUUAAACUAAUGGCCAGUGAUAUGAUAGAGGCCUGUGUCAAAAGAACAAGAACUGCAUUUGAACUCAAGCUGCAAAAGGCAAACAAAACAACUGAUUUGCGCAUUCCAGCUUCUGUGUGUACAAUGUUUAAUGUACUAGUUGAUGCUAAAAAGCAAAGUACCAAGCUCUGUGCCCUGGAUGGAGGACAGGAGUUUGGGAGUCAGUGGCAACAGUACCAUUCAAAAAUAGAUGAUUUGAUUGACAACACUGUGAAAGAAAUCAUUUCAAUGCUAGUUUCAAAGUUUGUUUCAGUGUUGGAAGGGGUCUUGUCUAAGCUGUCAAGGUAUGAUGAAGGCACUUUUUUCUCAUCCAUUCUGUCAUUCACUGUGAAAGCAGCUGCAAAAUACGUUGAUGUCCCUAAACCAGGAAUGGAUCUGGCAGACACCUACAUUAUGUUUGUUCGACAAAACCAGGAUAUUCUUCGAGAAAAGGUCAAUGAAGAAAUGUAUAUAGAAAGAUUGUUUGAUCAAUGGUACAGCAAUUCCAUGAAAGUCAUUUGUGUGUGGUUGGCUGAUAGACUAGACCUGCAGCUUCAUAUUUACCAACUGAAGACACUCAUCAAGAUCGUGAAGAAAACCUAUAGGGAUUUCCGGUUACAGGGUGUGUUGGAAGGCACACUGAACAGUAAGACAUAUGAUACUCUGCACAGACGGUUAACCGUAGAGGAAGCCACAGCCUCUGUUUCAGAAGGAGGAGGACUUCAAGGCAUCACCAUGAAAGACAGUGAUGAAGAAGAGGAGGGCUAAUAACACACACUCCAGAAAAGGAAGAAGGACCUUGACAUUGCUCUGUGUACUUUGUCCUUGUAACUAUACUUAUUGUCUUGACCAAAUAAAAAUGCUUGUAUUUCUUUAUAGUGGAUUUGGAGAUAAAGGGGGAAGUGCUGAGUAUUUUUUGGAAGAAAGUCAUUAUCAUCUCAUUCGUAUUUCUUGACCUAAAAUUGGCUCUGCUUGUGAUUAGAACAUGAACUUCUCUCUCUCUCUCUCUCUCUCUCUCUCUCGUUUUCUUUGUUUGUUUAGAAGAUUUGACAUUUUUCUGUAGUUAUAUCAAAAUAAUGUCCUGUGGGUCAAAUGAGAUACAUUUCCCAUAACACAACAUUGUGAAAAGAAGCCACUCCUGGUCACCAUCAACUCUGUUGUACCUCUGUCAAAAUGGUGUGUAUCUCUGUUUAUAAUUUAUGUACAAAGUUUGUUUUCUGUGGUUAAUUUGCCAGUGUUGUGAUGUGUAUAAAAUUUUAGCCUCUGUUUUCAUUAUUCUGGUUUGGUUUGCCUAUGUAAUCCUGGGCUUAAUGGGAUACCAUACCCAAAUAUAGACUAUCUUAUCCACAGGCUUAUGUUCUGUUCCUUUCUGAAUAUUUUUUCAUGUGUACAAAAUCUCCAGGUGUGUUUCCAUCAACAUACCAUAUUCUCCUACUUCUAAGUGUAACAGCUUGCCGGCAAUAAAAAUCCAUUUGAUCACA